AUGAUAACUACAACUAAUAAUGUUGAUGAUGAUCCACCACAAUCAUUCACUGAAACUAUUGUACAGUUAUUAAAUGAACAACAAGAGAAUCAGAUAACAAUAGAUAACAAUGAUGAGACAAUACUUUUAAAUAGAUUCAACAAUCUGAAUCAACAUUCAUUUGGUCAAACACUACUCUGGCUAUAUCAUCUAUCAUUUAAAUCCCAAAUAUCACCUCAAAUUCAAAAUCAAUCAAUUCAUUUACUAAAUAUGAUGAUCAAGCAAGAAAGACAAACUGUUUAUCAACCAUCUGAGCAACUAGAAUUUAUCUCGUUUAUUCAAAAGGUUGAUCCUUUGGUUUUAUUUAAUCAUUUAAUCAAUGAUAACCAAUCACAGCAGUCUGUUCAAAAUGAAGUGGUAACUUCAAUAUUUCGUACUCAAAGGAUAUUGACAGAUAAAUUAGAUCAAUUUAUGACUCACCUAUCGAUAAUCACUAUGGAUCCUGAUCAUCCACAAAGAGAGAUUACACUUUUAUUUUUGGAAAGUACUAUAAUAAGUCUUUUAGAGUACUCUAGAAUAGAAAAAUCUCUUUCACCAAUCUUUUUUGGUUAUUUAAAAGACAAUACGAAUAGACAACAAAGAAUAAUAGGAUUAAUCAAAUUAAUUGCAAAGAAGAAGAAAUUAGAAUCUAGAAUUACAAGUAGGACGAUGGAAUACUUUAUAUUUAAAACAUUUUUAAAUAUUAUUGGACCAUCACUUGAUAAAGAUAAUGCUGCUGGUGCCACUGGUGUCAAAGUAUCAAAGAUUGGUACAUUUGUUGGAAUCAAAUAUUUUAAAAAAUAUCUCUUCCAAUUUAUGGAAUACUUUAAAUCGAUGGAUAUGAUUCAAGGAGGAUCAUUACUACGCUACAUUUUACCGCUUUGGACUAAACAUUAUGACCAUUUCAACAUUUAUCGUCCGAUAUUGAUGAAAUUUAUCCUACCGCAUGUUCCAUCCAAUAUCAAUGUACAACAAGCAGUUCCUAGACUUGUUAAUCAUAUUGAACCUUAUUUUGGUUGUUUAAUCAAUGUACUCGUUGAAAUAGAGUCAAUAGAGGGAUCGGAUAUAAUGGUAAAGAUAUUAAAAGCAAAAGUAUCUAGACAAGGAUUGACUGCAACCAAUCAAAACCUCAUGAAUCAUUUUAUAGUUGUACUAUUGUCAACUUGUAUAAUUGAUAAGAAUGGUUUGGAAAUAACGAAAAGGCUAUCACACAUACAAAAGAUGAUGCAAAUGAAUGGAUUUACAAUACCUCUGGAAAUUGGUCAACAAAUGAUUACUCUUCAUCAAAAAAUAGAGAGUAAUUAUUUCCUAAAGAUGAUCACCUAUUUUAGACAGCCUAAAGAUAAUAAUGGAUUUAUAAACUUUGAAAUUGGUUUACAGGCAGAUCUUUUAGAGAUGAAUCAAAGAAUAAUCACCUCAAUAUUCUCUAUCAACAAGUUGUUGGAUAUAGAAGAGAUGUUGGUCAAUACAUAUACAUUGCUACUGGAAAUAUUACAGUUUGAUCUAUUUUGGUUACAUAUAACUGGAUGUACAUCAUUUAUAUUAAGUAAAGCUCGAUUUUUAUGUGACCAUCAACAACAACAAAGAGGAGAUAAUCUUGCCAUAGAAUAUUAUCAAAGAAUAGUACCAUUAUUGAUAUACUAUUUAAAGAGUAGGGUGUUGAAUGAGGUACCCUUGGAAAAUAUCAAAGCAGAUGGUUAUUUAUUUUGGAAAUUGGUUUUACAAUUUUACAUCAUCUCUGGAAAAGAUAUUAAAAAGGUAAAAGAAGAUCUUUUAUCAAAACCUGGUUCAAAACUUGGUCCACAAUUUAGUCAAGAAAUUAUAGAUCAAGUUGUAUCUUUUAUAUUUUCAACUUUGGAUGAUAUGAUUAUAAAUAAUAAUAAUAGUAAUGAUCAUAAUCAUUUAAUUUAUAUUCAAUCUAAAAUGGAUGAAAUGAUUAUAUAA